GUUGUCCGCCUGUUAAUGGUAAGAGGUAACACAGAUACUGUAAAGGGAAAGUGUUGCGUAUUGGAUGAUCGUCAGGUCAGACGGCGGUUAGGCUUAGCCACGUUCCCCGCCAAGGUGAUCGAGUAUCGAACAGACCUGUCACAUUUUGUUACGCAACACGCACCUUUAACAAGGCUCACUUCAUUUGCAUCUCCAACCGUUAUGUUGUUACUACACGUGAUUGUUUUAUUGAUGGUAGUGACGACAUCUAUCUGUCGACCGUAUGAUCCGGAAGAUCCAGAGCUAAAGAGUGUGCUGCCAUCUAACGGUGAAUUUGAGGCGUUUUAUCCACGUCAAGCGCAUGGAAUACCAAAUGGAUCUUCGCGACCUGCGCACGGUCAUGGAAGUUUCUACAAGCACCGCAACCCAGCGCUGGUUGAUGUGAAAAACGCAGCCGCCUACGGUUUUCGGUUUGACGGUAUGAGAAGAUUCAACUUUGACGACGAAGAAUAAUCCUUUUGUGUUAAACGAAAUAUACCUAUAUUUUGUUUGUAG